AUGAAUAAAGUUCUCAUUGUUAUAUUUGUUUUUGCUUGUCUAUUUGUCCUUCAAAAAAUGUCAUAUGCAGCUGAUACCUUGACUCCAACAUCAUCCAUUAUAGAUGGACAACAACUCAUUUCUGUUGGUCAAAAUUUUUCUCUUGGAUUCUUCAGUCCAGGAAGCUCCAAAAGCCGCUACAUAGGGAUAUGGUACAAUAAUAUUAUGCCUCAAACAGUUGUUUGGGUUGCAAACAGAGAGAAUCCACUAAAUGACUCACGUGGAAACUUAACCAUUGGUGCUGAUGGGAAUAUUGUACUAGUUGAUGGAGCAGAUAACAGGAUGUGGUCUACAAAGUCAUCAAGAUCAAUUCAAGAGCCAAUUGCAAAACUGUUAGAUUCUGGAAACUUAGUCUUGAUGGAUGGAAAGAAGGGUGAUUCUGAUAGUUUUAUAUGGCAAAGCUUUGAUUAUCCAACAGACACAAUGUUACCAGGCAUGAAAUUAGGUUGGGAUAAGACCUCAGGGCUCAACAGAUAUUUGACUUCUUGGAAGAGUGCUAAUGACCCCUCUCCUGGAAGCUUUAUCUACAGCUUUGAUCACAAAGAUUUUCCUGAGUUGGUAAUCCGCCAGGGAAUGAACAUCACAUUCAGAAGUGGGAUUUGGGAUGGCAUUCAUUUUAAUUCAGAUGAUUGGAUAUCAUUUACUGGAAUUACAGCUUUCAGGCCACAACUUUCAGUAACCAAUGAUGAGGUAGUUUAUUGGGAUGAACCUGGAGAUAGAUUAACAAGGUUUAUGCUGAGGGAUGAUGGACUUCUUGAAAGAUAUAUGUGGGACAACAAAAUUCUUAAGUGGACUAAUUUGUAUGAGGCAAGAAAAGACUUUUGUGAUAACUAUGGAGCAUGUGGGAUGAAUGGUGUUUGCAGUAUUAAGGAAGUACCUGCUUACUGUGAUUGCUUGAAAGGCUUCAUACCUAAAUCACAGCAAGAAUGGGAUUCAUUUGAUCGGUCUGGUGGUUGCAUAAGGAGAACACCCUUAAACUGCACACAAGGUGACGAGUUUCAGAAAUUGAGCUGGGUGAAAUUGCCCAUGUUGUUGCAAUUCUGGACAAAUAAUAGCAUGAGUCUUGAAGACUGUAACAUGGAAUGCUUGAAGAAUUGCUCUUGCACCGCUUAUGCGAAUUCAGCCAUGAAUGAAGGGCCCCAUGGCUGUUUGCUUUGGUUUGGGGACUUGAUUGACAUUAGGCUGCUUUUAAGUGAAGAGGGUGAACAACUGGAUCUUUAUGUAAGGUUAGCCGCUUCAGAAAUAGAGUCCACUGCUAAUACUGGUAAAAGGACAAAGAUGGCACUGAUUAUUUCAGCACCUUUGGCACUGCUUCUUUUGUGUACCAUUUUCUACCUUUCUAAGAAGUAUACAAAACGGAGGACUACAACCGAUUUGGGACGUAGAAAUCAGAAUGAAAAUCAAGCGUCGCCUCUUUUUGAUAUAGAUGCUAUUCUAGCUGCUACAAACAAUUUUUCUGUUGAGAACAAGAUUGGGGAAGGUGGUUUUGGUCCAGUAUACAAGGGUAAAUUGGCUCAUGGACAAGAAAUAGCUGUGAAGAGGCUAUCAAAAACCUCAAAACAAGGCAUCUCAGAGUUUAUGAAUGAAGUUGGAUUGGUAGCCAAACUUCAACACCGCAAUCUUGUGAGUGUUUUGGGUGGGUGCACUCAAGGAGAAGAAAGAAUGUUGGUUUAUGAAUACAUGCCUAAUAGUAGUUUGGACCACUUCAUUUUUGAUCCUAUACAAGGAAAAUUUUUGAAGUGGAGGAAACGAUAUGAAAUUAUUAUGGGGAUUGCACGAGGACUACUUUAUCUUCAUCAAGAUUCAAAACUAACCAUCAUUCAUAGGGAUCUAAAAACAAGUAACAUUCUACUUGACCACGAAUUGAACCCCAAGAUUUCUGAUUUUGGUGUUGCUCACAUCUUUGAAGGAGAUCAAGCUGCAGUAACAACAAAUAAAAUUGUUGGGACAAUUGGUUAUAUGUCCCCUGAGUAUGCAGUAAAUGGGCUACUUUCCCUAAAGUCUGAUGUAUUUAGCUUUGGAGUUAUAGUGUUAGAGAUAUUGAGUGGCAUCAGAAAUAGUAGCUACAACCAUCAAGAUCAUCACCAAAAUCUGUUGGGGCAGGCAUGGACAUUAUGGAAAGAGGGACGAGCUGUGGAAAUUAUGGAUGUUAAUUUGGACCUAACAGCUAUUCCAUCUGAAUUACUUAGGUGCCUGCAAGUAGGUCUCUUGUGUGUUCAAAAGUUCCCUGAAGACAGACCAACUAUGUCAUCUGUGGUUUUCAUGUUAGGCAAUGAAAGUAUUGCACUUGCCCACCCAAAGAAACCCGGUUUCUUUGAUGAAGAGUUAGAGUUUCGUGAGUACACCGAGGAGGACUGUUUUAGCAACAAUGCUAUGACUAUUACGCUAUUGGAAGCUCGAAAUUAG